AUGCCGGAUCUUUGCCAGAUGUGGGAAAGGAGAGAAGGGGGGACGCCUUUCCCGCUGCUUCCCAAACCUAGGGGGGACCCCGUUCCCCGGCGCUCAGCCAGGGCAGGAAUGGCCGGGAUGCCACCACCCGCCCCAGCUGAACGGGACAACCUCGGGGUGAACCCAGGCCCCCCGUGUGGGUUUGGGGGGGUGGGUAGGUGCCGCUGGCGACCCCCCCCCCCCCGCUCUCGCCCCCCUCCAAUCCCGCAUUGUUCCCGGCUCGGCGGGAGGAGGAGGAGCAGGGCCAAGGGCCAGCGGGAAGGCAGGCGGGAAGGCGGGCGCCGGGACGUGCUGGAGCCGCCUGUCAUGUUGGUGGAGCUGCUCUUCCAGGCUGCCUGUGUGUCCCUGUUCCUCUCCAGCGGCCAGGGCAGGGUGUAUCCCACGAGGAAGAAGCCGGCCAGCUUUGCCGUGGAGAGGCGUCGCGUGGGGCCCCACGUCUGCUUCCUAGGCUCCGGCAGCGGAUGUUGUCCCGGCUGGAUGCUGUCCCCUGGCAGCGGGAAGUGCACCCUGCCGCUCUGCUCCUUCGGCUGUGGUGGUGGUUCCUGCAUCGCUCCCAACCUUUGCAUGUGCCCAGAUGGAGAGCAGGGAAUCACCUGCCCAGAACCGCCAGGAACUUGCGGAGAGUACGGCUGCGACCUGUCCUGUAACCAUGGCGGCUGCCAGGAGGUCGCCCGCGUGUGUCCCGUUGGCUUCUCCAUGGCCGAGACGGCCAACGGCGUCCGCUGCACUGACAUCGAUGAGUGCCAGAGCGCGGCCUGUGAGGGGACGUGCGUGAACACGGAGGGCGGCUUCGCCUGCGAGUGCGGAGCUGGCCGGGAGCUCUCUGCUGACCGCCGCAGCUGCCGGGACACGGAUGAAUGCCAGGCCACGCCGUGCCAGCACCGCUGCGAGAACAGCGUGGGCAGCUACCGCUGCUCCUGCCGGCCCGGAUACCACCUCCAUGGGAAUCGGCAUUCCUGCGUGGAUGUGGACGAGUGCCGGCGGCCUGGCACGCGCCGCUCCUGCCAGCACAGCUGCCACAACAUCCCCGGCAGCUUCCGCUGCUCCUGCCGCCCUGGAUACCGGCUCAGCGCAGACAGGGUGUCCUGCGAAGGGUACCCCAAAUCUAUCCUGGCCCCGUCGCCCAUCCUGCAAUCCCUGCAGCAUCCACCCACCCUUGUCCUGCUCCCUCCUGGUUCCCACCUGCUCCCGAGGGGCUCCCCCUCUCCCCUCCUCCCUGUGGCAGCUCCUGGUACCCAAUUCCCUCCCUCCUCCCCAUCCCUGUCCCCUGAGCCAUCCUCACGUGCCAUGGGAGCCCCCGGAACCUCCAUCCCACCAUCCCGUCGUUGCUGGCACCGGGGGAUCUCUCGGGAGCCUGGCAGUCGCUGGACAGAGCCAGGCUGCCAGAGCUGCACCUGCCAGGGGGGACGAGUCCUCUGUGACACCGUGAGCUGCUCUGUUCCCUGCUCCCACCCGCUUCCCGCUCCGGCUGGGGGUUGCUGCCCCACCUGCACGGGGUGUUUGCACGAGGGGGUGGCCAGGGCUGAGGGCGAUGUCUUCUCCCCAUCCGAUGGGAACUGCACCGUCUGCAUCUGCUUGGCUGGGAAUGUCUCCUGCCUCUUCCCAGAAUGCCCCCCAGGAUCCUGCCUCAGCCCCUCUCCGGCUGACUGCUGCUCCUGCAAUCCAGAAAAGUGCAGUUUCCGGGGACACACAUAUGCGCACGGAGCCCGGUUCAGCCUGGAUGAGGAUGACUGCACCACCUGUGUCUGCCAGGGAGGAGAGGUGGAAUGUUCCUUCACUCCCUGCCCCAUGCUGGAUUGUCCCCAGCACCAGCGGCACCUGGGUCCUGGGCAGUGCUGCUCCACCUGCCGGGACCCUCCAGCCCCUACCGGUUGCUUCCUGGAUGACAACGGUGUGGAGUUUCCCGUUGGACAGAUCUGGUCUCCGGGCGAUCCCUGUGAGUUAUGCAUCUGCCAGGCAGACGGCUCCGUGAGCUGCCAGCGCACGGACUGUGUGGAGACGUGUCCUUAUCCCAUCCGCAUUCCCGGGCAGUGCUGUCCCGACUGCUCUGCAGGCUGCACCUACAUGGGGAGGAUCUUUUCCAACAACGAGACCUUCCCAUCGGCGCUGGAUCCCUGCCUGAGCUGCAUCUGCCUGCUGGGCUCGGUGGCCUGCUCGCCUCUGGAAUGUGCCAUCGUGUGCUCCUACCCCUUCCACCCCGAGGGUCGGUGCUGCCCCAUCUGUGAGGACUGCAACUACCAGGGCAGGAAGGUGGAGAACGGCCAGAGCUUCAUUCCCGAGGGACAGCCCUGUACCCGCUGCACCUGCCAGCUUGGAGAGGUGAGCUGUGAGGAGAGGCCGUGCCCCCGCUCCUGCUCUGAGCCCCACACACUGCCUGUGGGUUGCUGCCCAUCUUGCCCAGCCACAGACAUCCGGCUCCUGCUGCAGGGCAGUGACCUGUCCCCAUCCUCAUCCCCAUCCUCAUCCCAGUCCUCAUCCCAGUCCUCAUCCCAGUCUCCAUCCUCACCUCCAUUCUCAUCCCAGUCCCCAGCCCCUGAGGAUUCACCCCCUGGCACCCCUCAACACCUCCGCUACCGCCUGGCUCAGCUCCUGCUUCCCACCACACUCCCCCUCGGCCCCUCUCCAGGGAUUUGGGGUGCUGGGAAGCCCCAUCUGACCACUCCAAGUCCCUCUGGAUACCCCUUGGCACCCGCUGUGCCCCCCGACCCCCUCUGUGAGGCCACAGCCCCCCCUGAUCCCACGGGCAGCCCUGAGGUUCAGGGAUCCCCCGGGAAUGAGGAUCCCACUGCGGUGCCAUCGGACAGCCCCAGGUUCCAGGUGCCAGGUGUGCCUGGAACGCCAUGAGGAGGAGAAGGAGGAAAAGGGGGUCUCCAGGACCAGCAGGCCUGGCCCUGGGGAGGGAGCAGCUGUCCCCCUGCCACCAAUAAAGUCACUCUGGUAUUUAUUCCCUGUCCCCUCAUCCCUGCACCCACCAGCACGUGGAGCCCUGGGGCUUGUUCUCUGGGAAUUUUGGGAUGAGUGACUUUCCAGGAUGAUGAGGGCAGUGCUGGAGGUGUUCAGCCCCCUCACCCUGAGUGGGGUUUGGGGACAGGAGGGACAUGUCUUGCCCCAGGUCCUCAAGGCUGGGAGCUCCUCAGGGAUGAGCAGAGCCAUAUCCAGGCUCCCAUCCUCGGGGCACAGGGACAUCUUUGGUGGGUGCAGCUGAGGGUGGCAGCAGGGACACAGCACAUUCCCAGGGAUGUGUUGGCCUUUCUCAGACAGACACGGCACAG